AUGGUCGUGGAGAUCGGGGCUUAUAGGCAGGUGCUGGCACUGGCACUGGUGGCAGUGCUGUGGGGCUCCAGCAGCCCCUUCCUGCGGGCAGGAGCAGCAGGACUGGAGGAUGUGAGGGGCCAGGGUCGCCUGCAGCAGCUGCUGGCAGAGAUCCGCUUCCUCUGCCUCAACUACAAGUACAUGGUGCCCUUUCUGCUCAAUCAAGGUGGAUCUCUCCUCUUCUACCUCACCUUGGCAUCCACAGACCUGUCCCUGGCAGUGCCUCUUUGUAACUCUCUGGCUUUGAUAGUGACACUGGUGACUGGGAAGAUCCUAGGGGAAGACAUUGGUGGUAAAAGUAACUAA